AUGAUGUUGAAUCUGCACAUAUGUCAUCACUUACUACAAAAGCUCCAUUGCAGACAUUGGAUGUAUCUCUAGAACUUGGCAAAAAGCUCACUGUUUCAUGUUACCGUAAUAUAAAGGGCGAUGCAUUUAAGGCUAUAGUAAAUCCAGUUUCACACUGGUAUCACAAUGGCAAUAGGAUAACUUCAAAAGACAGACGCUAUGUUGCGGAAUAUUCUAAAGAUCAAAAUGUGGUGAAACUGAGUAUUCGAAAGCUUAAAUACAAAGAUACUGGAGUAGUAGAAUGUAAAGAAUAUUUGUCUGACGUGUUACUGCGAAUAAACUUGAAAGUAAAAGAACCCUGCAAAGAUUUUCAAUGUGAUGGUGUAUGUGUCGAAUGGUCCCGUAUUUGUGACAAAAAUAAAGAUUGUCCGCGUGGUCAAGACGAAACUUUUUGUGAGUUAAUUGCAGACGUGACAGAUGGAGCCACGCCAGGACGAGGCACUGUAGUAGUUCUGCUGAAUAGAAUGAAAGGUUGGGUUUGUUAUGAUGGAUGGGACCAAUAUGGUACAGAUGUUCUCUGUCGCUCUUUGGGAUAUAGUAGAGGAAUUGUAGGGAAUCCAAGAAUUCAGUUCGAAGACAGAGGCUUUCUAGUGUCUAAUAUAGAAUGUACCGGCGAUGAACAAUCACUAGCGCAAUGUAACAGAAAUAUAACCAGAGUGGGAUCUUGUCAAGCAAUAGCAACCGCCUUAUGCAUGAACAAGUAAUAUCUACAAAGUAUCCAUGAUAUAAUCAGUAACGUUUUCUUAACUCAAUUUUAC